AUGGGUCUCUUCAGCCGUAAGGACAAGAAGUCAGCAGCAGAUGCAGACAAAGGUCCUGGUUCAGACGCUGGCUCCAUUCACAAGUCACCAGCCAGCAAGCCCAUGAAUGGCAACCCCUCGGCCAAUGCCUCUCUGCCACAUGUUCCACUCCCCAGAGCUCCUGAUCCGGCUCUCAACCCCGCUGCCUACCUGCGCAGUAUCUACGCUGUGCGCGAGAGGUCCAAGUAUGUCUUCGAGCUAGCUAAGCGCAACAAAUCGAAGCACUUCGACGUCGACAUGACAAAGUUCGCCGACACAGCACGCUUCGUCGUUUCCAUCAUUAACCAUUUCGAAGUUGGUGGCAGACCUAGAGUCGAUCAACUCAUGGCAACAUGGCCAAAGUCGGUCAACGACCAAGAACGCACUCGCAGACUUAUCGACCUGUUCCUCGUGUCAGUUUUGCUGGAUGCUGGUGCAGGUCAGAAAUGGACAUACAAGAGCAAGGAAUCCGGAAAGGUUUACAGGCGCAGUGAGGGUCUUGCAGUUGCCAGUUUGGAGAUGUUCAAGGCUGGUGCAUUCAGCAGCAACCCCAAUGAGCCAUGCCAGGUCGACAGCGCCGGCUUGAAGAAGAUCAAUGCACAGUACCUCGCAAAGGGUCUGCAAGUCACAGAAACCAACACUCUUGCUGGUCUAGAAGGCAGAGCAAGUCUGCUGGUCAAGCUUGGAGAUGCUCUGCAAAAUCAGGACAUUUUUGGCAUCGAGGCCAGACCUGGCUACUUGCUUGGUGAGUUGAGGUCAAACUCAGUAUCCUCGCAAGCACUAACAUGCGCCUCAUANGAUUAUCUCCUCUCCCACCCAUCGACUCAAGCCUCAUCAGUUCCCGUUGUUCCGAUACCAACACUCUGGAAUGCUCUUAUGGACGGUCUCGCACCAAUCUGGCCUUCAACACGCACCGCGAUCGAUGGUGUUUCGAUUGGCGACGCUUGGCACUGUAAUGCGAUGCCCUCAGCGACGAAUGCCCCUUGGGAGAAGAUUGUUCCAUUCCACAAGCUAACUCAAUGGCUUUGUUACUCGCUGAUGGUGCCAAUGACCAAGCUCAUGCACGUACACUUUGCCGGUACCGAGCUUCUUACUGGACUGCCGGAAUAUCGCAACGGUGGUCUUUUGAUCGACACUGGACUUCUCACUCUCAAGCCUGCAGACGCCAAGCGCGGUCUCGAGCAAUACCAGAUCAAUGCCAUGAAGCAAGGACAACCUAAUAUGGAAGUGGUUCCCAUGUUCAGCGUGGAUGACGAUGUGAUCGUGGAGUGGAGAGCGCUGACAGUUGGCUUCUUGGACGAGCUGUGCUUUGAGGUCAACUCUCAGCUCGGACUAGUAGGCAGCAAGAAAUUGAGUCUGGCGCAGGUUCUUGAAGCCGGCACUUGGAAGGCAGGCAGAGAGAUUGCAGAGGUCUCGAGACCCAACACCAAGGAGCCACCGAUCAUGAUUGUGUCGGACGGCACCGUCUUCUAA